AUGUCGGAGCAAACUCCUUUGGUGGAUAAUGACAGCUCAAAUGUCAACAAAUCUGAACCCAAACCAGGCUAUCUUGCCCCAGACCAAAUCGAAUGGGAAUUUGGUGGUCCUUUAGGAGCCUUUGGAAUGAUGACUGGGUUUCCACUCUUGAUGAUUUAUAUGUGGAUUAGCGCUCAAUUCUAUGGUGGAUACCCAGCAUGGCCAUCUGAAGGUCAAGCUUGGCUGGAUUUCUUGUGUAAUGAUUUCUGGGGAUACUUUGUUAAUCAUGGAAUUCCAUCAUUCACCUCGUGGUUUGUGUUCACCACUUUCAUGUUGGUCCAAGGUUUCUUUUACUUGACUUUACCAGGAUUCUGGACCAAGGGCCAGCCAUUGGCACACAUGAACAACAAGCAAUUGCCUUACUACUGUAACGCCGUGUGGUCCUUUUACACUACCGUGGCUAUUGCACUCAUUCUCCAUUACACUGGUCUUUUCAAGUUGACUUAUCUUUUGGACCACUUUGGAGAGAUCAUGGUCACUGCCAUCGUUUAUGGUCUCAUAUUGCCCGUGGUGUUGUACGUCUUGUGUCUUACCAAAUUUCACGACUACCACAGAAUGACCGGUAAUCACAUCUACGAUAUUUUCAUGGGUGCUCCAUUGAACCCAAGAAUCGGUAAGUACUUGGACCUCAAGAUGUUCUUCGAGGUCAGAAUCCCUUGGUUCAUCUUGUUCCUCUUGUCGUUGGCUCUUGUUGUCAAGCAAAUCGAUGAAUACGGAAGAGUAACUCCUCAGGCUCUGUUCGUCUUAUUGGCACAUUGGCUCUAUGCCAACGCUUGUGCUAAGGGUGAGGAGCUCAUUGUGCCCACCUGGGAUAUGGCAUACGAGAAAUUUGGCUUCAUGUUGUUAUUCUGGAACAUUGCUGGUGUUCCUUUCACCUACUGCCACUGUACACUCUACUUGGCUUUCCACGAACCAGAAGAGUACCAAUGGUCCACGUUAUACAACACCACGUUAUUCGUGAUUUUGCUUAUCGCUUACUACUUCUUUGACACCGGUAACCGUCAAAAGAACAGUUUCAGAAGAAUAAUGGCAGGAAACACUUCCGUGCGCAAAACCUUCCCAUACUUGCCCUACUCUGAUUUGGAAAACCCAAAGUACAUCAAGACCGAAAAUGGUUCUUAUUUGUUGACCGAUGGCUGGUAUGUGUAUGCUCGUAAGAUGCAUUACACUGCUGAUUAUACCCAAGCAUUAACCUGGGGCUUGAUUUGUGGCUUCAACUCACCAUUCCCAUGGUUCUUCCCUGUGUUCUUUUUCAUCGUAUUGGUUCAUAGAGGAUACCGUGAUACUGCCAAGUGUCAAAAGAAAUACGGAAAAGACUGGGAUAGAUACGUGGAGGCAUGCCCUUAUAUGUUCAUUCCUUAUGUGUGGUAA